GGCUUGCCCCGGAGCCGGCGGCAAAGCCUCGUGUGGAUGCUGGACCUGUCUAACAACCAGCUGAGUGAGAUCCCCGCAGAGCUGGCCGACUGCCCCAAACUCAAGGAGAUCAACUUCCAAGGGAACAAGCUCCGAGACAAGCGCCUGGAGAAGAUGCUCAGCAGCUGCCAGACCAGGUCCAUUCUGGAGUACCUGCGUGCCGGGGGCCGUGGCGGCUGCCGGAGCCGGGGCAAGGCGGACGGUUCGGAGAGGGAAGACAGCCGCAAGAAGCGGAGGGAGCGGAAGCAGAGGCGGGAGAGUGGCGAGGGGGAGGAGGAGGCAGCCGACAUGGCCAAGCUGCUGCUCCGGGUCCUGCACGUCUCUGAGAACCCCACGCCCCUGACCGUCAGAGUGAGCCCUGAGGUUCGGGAUGUCCGGCCGUACUUCGUGGGCGCUGUAGUGAGAGGCAUGAACCUGGAGCCCGGAAAUGCGCUCAAGCGCUUCCUCGCCGCUCAGACCAAGCUCCAUGAGGACCUCUGUGAGAAGCGGACAGCAGCCACCAUCGCCACCCACGACCUGCCCGCCGUGCGGGGACCCCUGCUCUAUGCAGCUCGGCCGCCUCAGGACCUGAAGAUCAUCCCCUUGGGGCGGAAAGAAGUCAAGGCCAAGGAGCUGGUGCGACAGCUGCAAGUUGAAGCAGAUGAGCAGAGGAAGCAGAGGAAGAGGCAGACAGUGUCAGGACUGCACAGGUAUCUGCACUUACUGGAUGGGAAGGAGAAUUACCCGUGUCUGGUGGAUGCAGAUGGAGACGUGAUUUCUUUCCCACCCAUAACGAACAGUGAGAAGACGAAGAUUAAGAAAACGACAAGUGAUUUGUUUUUGGAAGUCACAAGUGCCACCAGUCUGCAGAUCUGCAAAGACAUCAUGGACGCCCUGGUGUUGAAAAUGGCAGAACUAAACAGAUACACAUUAGAAAACAAAGAGGAAGGAUCACUCUCAGAUACAGAAGCUGACACACUUUCUGAACAACCUUCGGAUUCCCAAAAGAACCCAAACCCUGGGAAGGAUGGACAGUGCCCCCUGGUGGUGGAGCAGGUCCGAGUGGUAGACCUGGAAGGGACCCUGAAGGUGGUGUACCCGUCCAAGGCUGACCUGACCACCGCCCCUCCCCAUGUGACUGUGCUUCGCUGACACCCGCCGAGGCACUGGUGCCCCCGGCUGGCACGCAUGGAAGCCAGAGGCCGCGAUCUUGCAGAGGCUUGUGUGUGGCCAUAAGUCAUCGGUACCUUUUCACCUGGCUGUUUUUAAGGUGUCUGUAUUUGUUUGGCUUUUGGGUGGUUGGUGGGGUCAAGUGACAUUGUCACUAACCCAAUCUUACUGUUUUCUGUGGAAUUUCCCAAAUACCAGGAUUAACUGUUCAAAAUGUUCUGAUCAUGUAGCCCCAGCAAGUAACUCCUUACAGGAAAGACAAACACUGAA